UUUUGAGGCCAAAUACAGAAUUGCAUACACCAUUGAAUUGGAAUUAUUGAGUUAAAUUGAAAGUCAGGGUACCUGUCUUCUCUGCUCUCAGUUUUAAAUCUCCCCCAAGAUGACUUUGUGCGCCACUCUCUUCCCAGUCUAUAAAAUGAGGGAGAAUGUGCUAUCAUCUGUUUCAUUGGAUUAAUAUAAAUUAAUUAUGCCUUUGAAAUACCCUGAACUCCUCGGACAAGACUUACAAGAGAGAGCUUUUGAUUAUUAGUAACUUGUCAUAACAAGGCUUGGUAUAAAAACAAAAGGAAGACGUUCCCAUGAGACUGUUACUUAUUGAGUGUGCUGUUACCUACUACUUUGCAAUCAGUUACAAUGAAUAAAUCAAUACAAGAUGCUCUUGUAACAUACAGACUCAGGAAAGGCGACUAGGUUGGUUCGAGCACAUUUUAAACCUCUAAUCUAUUUAAUUAUUGACUGAACUAAUCUGUCCUUCAGUUUUUGUUUAUAUGAAUAAGUGGGACUUCUUAGAUAGGCACUCUUGAAUCAAAAUCAUGAAAUGGAUUCUUUGGAAAGAGGUGAUGGGGACUGGUAAGUAGUGUGAGUGGGUAAGUGGGAAAAUAAAAUAACCAUUUAGAAAAGCCUGUCUUCUCUGGGUUAUGUGAUGUAUAUAGCACAAUGAUUGUAAUUCUUUUAUCCAAACUGAGGGUGGCAGUGGUUACCUGGUAAGCAGUUGAGAGACUUCUGAUUAUAUACAUAGCCAUAUCAAAUAGAUGUCUCCUUACAGCUAUACCCUUUAAUUUUAAAACAAUUUUUAAAACUAUGGACAAACAUUAAAUAUCCUUUGGCUUUUUGCAUAAACAUAGCACACUUUACUGAUGUCCUUAGCAAAAAUUUCUGGAACCAUGUUUUAGUAGGUUGAAUGGUAGUCCCCAAAAAGGUAAGUUCACAUCCUAAUCCCCAGGAACCUGUGAAUGUUACCUUAUUUGGGGAAAGGGUCUUUGCAGGUGUAAUUAAAUUGAGGACCUUGAGAUACGAUCAUCCUGGAUUAAACAAGUAGCCUCAAAAUCCAGUGUCCUAAUAAGGGAAAAGCAGAGGGAAAUUACAGAGGAGACUGAGACACACAGAAGAGGAGGAAGCAGUGUGGCCACGGAGGCAGAAAUUGGACUGAUGUAGCCACAAGCCAAGGAAUGCUUAUAGUCACCAGAAGUUGGAGGAGGCAAAGAACAGAUUCUCUCCUAGAGCCCCAGACGGGGGCAUGGCCCUGCUGGAUUUUGGACUUCUAGCCUCCAGAACUAACAUCUAUGACAACAGUCUUCUGUAAGUCAAACUUUUCAAGAAUCCUCUGAAAGAACCAUGUAGGAUUUCCUUACAUUAUGACUUAAUCUGAAUGCAAGAACAAGAAAUAAGUUUUAUCUCUAAAUAUAAUGAAGGGCUGUGUGUAAACACUGACCCUGACCUAAUUUUCAUGAGCAUUUUAGACAUGAGUUUACAUCGGCAAAUGGGUUCAGAUCGAGAUCUUCAGUCUUCUGCUUCAUCUGUGAGCUUACCUUCAGUCAAAAAGGCACCCAAAAAAAGAAGAAUUUCAAUAGGCUCUCUGUUUCGGAGGAAAAAGGAUAACAAACGUAAAUCAAGAGAGCUAAAUGGUGGGGUGGAUGGAAUUGCAAGUAUUGAAAGUAUACAUUCUGAAAUGUGUACUGAUAAGAACUCUAUUUUCUCUACAAAUACCUCUUCUGAUAAUGGAUUAACUUCUAUCAGCAAGCAAAUUGGAGACUUCAUAGAGUGCCCUUUGUGCCUUUUGCGGCAUUCUAAAGACAGAUUUCCCGAUAUAAUGACUUGUCAUCACAGAUCUUGUGUGGAUUGCUUACGACAAUAUCUAAGGAUAGAAAUCUCUGAAAGUAGAGUUAAUAUCAGUUGCCCAGAAUGUACUGAACGAUUUAAUCCUCAUGAUAUUCGCUUGAUAUUAAGUGAUGAUGUCUUGAUGGAAAAAUAUGAAGAAUUUAUGCUUAGACGGUGGCUUGUUGCAGAUCCUGAUUGUAGGUGGUGCCCAGCUCCAGAUUGUGGAUAUGCUGUGAUAGCAUUUGGAUGUGCCAGCUGUCCAAAAUUAACUUGCGGGCGAGAAGGCUGUGGAACAGAGUUUUGCUACCACUGUAAACAGAUUUGGCACCCCAAUCAGACCUGUGAUGCUGCUCGACAAGAGAGAGCCCAGAGUUUACGUUUGAGAACUAUACGUUCUUCAUCCAUUAGUUACAGUCAAGAGUCUGGAGCAGCAGCUGAUGAUAUAAAGCCAUGUCCACGAUGCGCUGCUUAUAUAAUAAAGAUGAAUGAUGGAAGCUGCAAUCACAUGACAUGUGCUGUUUGUGGCUGUGAGUUUUGUUGGUUAUGUAUGAAAGAAAUUUCUGAUUUACAUUAUCUAAGUCCAUCAGGAUGUACUUUUUGGGGGAAGAAACCCUGGAGCAGAAAGAAGAAAAUAUUGUGGCAGCUGGGAACACUUGUUGGUGCUCCUGUAGGAAUUGCUUUAAUAGCUGGCAUUGCUAUUCCUGCAAUGAUUAUUGGCAUUCCUGUGUAUGUGGGCCGUAAGAUUCAUAAUCGAUAUGAAGGCAAGGAUGUUUCAAAGCACAAACGGAAUUUGGCCAUAGCAGGUGGUGUAACAUUGUCUGUAAUUGUGUCUCCGGUAGUAGCUGCAGUGACUGUAGGUAUUGGUGUUCCCAUUAUGUUAGCUUAUGUCUAUGGCGUUGUUCCAAUUUCUCUCUGUCGAAGUGGAGGUUGUGGAGUCUCAGCAGGCAAUGGAAAAGGAGUCAGGAUUGAAUUUGAUGAUGAAAAUGAUAUAAAUGUUGGUGGCACUAACACAGCUGUAGAUACAACAUCAGUAGCAGAAGCAAGACACAACCCUAGCAUAGGGGAGGGAAGUGUCGGUGGUCUGACUGGCAGUUUGAGUGCAAGUGGAAGCCACAUGGAUCGAAUAGGAGCCAUUCGAGACAACCUGAGUGAAACAGCUAGCACCAUGGCACUAGCUGGAGCUAGUAUAACAGGAAGUCUGUCAGGAAGUGCUAUGGUAAAUUGUUUUAACAGAUUGGAAGUACAAGCAGAUGUACAGAAAGAACGGUACAGUCUGAGUGGAGAAUCUGGCACAGUCAGCUUGGGAACAGUUAGUGAUAAUGCCAGCACCAAAGCAAUGGCAGGAUCCAUUCUGAAUUCCUACAUACCACUGGACAAAGAAGGCAACAGUAUGGAGGUGCAAGUAGAUAUUGAAUCAAAGCCAUCCAAAUUCAGGCACAACAGUGGAAGCAGUAGUGUGGAUGAUGGCAGUGCCACCCGAAGUCAUGCUGGUGGUUCAUCCAGUGGCUUGCCUGAAGGUAAAUCCAGUGCCACCAAGUGGUCCAAAGAAGCAACAGCAGGAAAAAAAUCUAAAAGUGGUAAAUUGAGGAAAAAGGGUAACAUGAAGAUAAAUGAGACCAGAGAGGACAUGGAUGCACAGUUGUUAGAACAACAAAGCACGAACUCAAGUGAAUUUGAGGCUCCAUCCCUCAGUGACAGUAUGCCAUCUGUAGCAGAUUCCCACUCUAGUCAUUUUUCUGAAUUUAGUUGUUCUGACCUAGAAAGCAUGAAAACUUCUUGUAGUCAUGGUUCCAGUGAUUAUCAUGCCCGCUUUGCUACUGUUAACAUUCUUCCUGAAGUAGAAAAUGACCGUCUGGAAAAUUCCCCACAUCAGUGUAGCAUAUCUGUGCUUACCAAAACUGCUUCAUGUUCAGAAGUUCCACAGUUGAAUCAUAUUGCUGAAGAACAUGGUAACAAUGGAAUAAAACCUAAUGUUGAUUUAUAUUUUGGUGAUGCACUAAAAGAAACAAAUAACAACCACUCACAUCAGACAAUGGAAUUAAAAGUUGCAAUUCAGACUGACAUUUAGGCCCAUAAAUGCUGCAAAAUAAUUACCACUGAACAACCUUGUUUGGAGCUGGUUGAACUACAUGCGACUACUCUAAGUUUCAAGUUACCAGCAAAAGCCGGGUUUCAUAAUCAUAAUGCAGAUACAUUUUCUGUGUUCAGCAAUGCAUUGUGUUCCAUGUGGAUCUCAAUUACCAAACUAUGAAAUGAAGGCUUUAAAAGUGCAUUAUUGUAAAGAUAAUAAAUCUUAAGAGCAAAGCAUGUUUUGUGUAUUUGCCACAAAACAUUUCUUGAAGCACAUGCUUAUGUGUAUUUAGAUAGAAAUUUGGCUUAAUUUAUAAUCAAUAUAAAGUACUAAUGCAGUUCUAUAGCAUUCUUAUGAAGAAAACUUGAGGCUUAGGGAUAAGUGGUUGGUGAUAUUUUAUUGAAACCACUAAGGGAUACUGUUUAAAAGAACCUUGCAGGUUACUCUCAGUACAUGAUACUCUUUGUAACAUUUCUAUUUAUAUCUGGGCAUCAAUUUCAUUUUUUUCUUCAUAUGCAAAGUGGAUAUAUAAAGCUUAAUGCAGCCCAUUUGCUACCAUUUGGAUACUUAGACACUUUGAGCAAGAUUGUGGCAAUUUUUGCACAACUUUGAAAUAGAAAUACCUGGUACUCUCUAUAUAUUGUAUAUUGUUGAUGCCAUCUUAGAAGAAAAAUGUAAAGGUAGGUAAUUAAGUACAUUGACAGCAGUAAAUAUAAUAAGAUGUAUAAAACUGCAAAGUAAAAUCCCAUUAGGUUAUAAGUAUUACAAAAAAGUCAUCUUUCCCAAAGAGGAAAUUUGCACCCUGUUGAUUCUUGGUGGCUUUGGGAUAGACUGGGUUUUAAGGGCCUGGUUGUUUGAGGAUUUUGCUGUAUUGUUUUCCAUAAUGUCUUCUCUGGUCACCUUGGAUUAUAUAGAAAAAUGCAGCAAAUAGAUAAGCAUGAAUGUGAUUAAUAACAAUGCUGAAAAAGUAUUAGCCUACCAAAGACACACUCAGGCUUUAGUGAAUAACUUUACAUAACCUCAAUUUUUAACACAUGCAUAUUUUCUCCAACCAUGAAAUCGAAGCACGGUGCAGAGCUUGUACCAAGUACAAAAGGUCCACUUAUGGUUGGCUAUUUUUUCUUUUUCUUCUGUUUAUGGAGGUUGUUCAGCUGACAUAAGCAGAAGUUGGCCAAAAUACUGCCUGUACUGUUAACUUCCUGUAUAAUUCACUUAAAUAAAGUAGGUUAACCUCAAUGAUAGCAGUUAAAAUGUCUUAUGUGUUUCUUUUAAGUAUUACCAGUAUGGUGCUACUGAGCAUUUUCUUUUGAUAAAAAGAAAAAUGCCAUGGGCUGCGGUCUUCUUCCAUCACGUUUGCUCACUAGGUCCAUUAAUAUGCUUAAAACACUAGUGCCAGUUAUUUUAUUUGAUAAUGCUUAUUAUGGUAUUUGUAUAUUUGUUUGCAUUCCAAUUUUGUUCAAUAAUGAGUGUGUAAACUGCAUACCUGAAAUAAAUGUAAAUACUAAUGUA